AUGUCAAGGAGAAGGGAUCAUGCAUCUGAAUUUCCUGAACCCAUCCAUGAGAUUCAGUUUGAACAAGUGCUGGGUCGUUCAGUUGAAUAUCCUAACCCUAACCCUAAUCUAGGACUCCCAAUGCAAACUCAAUCUCAAAAUGUUCAACAGAUUCCGCAACAAGGAUUUUCAAGCUUUUAUCCUAAUUACUCCUAUGAAAUAGGAGAGUCAUCAUCCAGGAAUGCUAGGGUUGGAUCCACCAUGGAUCCAACCACUCAACAGACUCUGCAACAAGGAAUGUUGGGCCUUCACCUUGAUUCGUAUGAAGUUGGAGAGUCUUCAUCAGCAAGGAAUGUUAGGAUGAGAAUGAACAUUGAAGAGCCUCUGCUGGAAUCACUUUAUCCAACUAUUCCAGUCACUAGAAACCCUUCCCCACCACCAACACCACCACCAGCAGCAGUCAGCAACCCUUCCCCACCACAGGCUUUCAGAAACUCAGUCUAUAAUCCUUCAUUUGAAAUGCGUGGAUUACCUCUGGAUCCCCAUUUGAGAUUGUUGUUGUUUAACAAUAGUGAGCAACCAGAGAUCAAUACAAGGAACACACUUUAUGAUCCAUCAUUUGCAUUGCGUGGAUUACAUUUGGACCCCCAUUUGAGGUGUUUUGCCUUGGAAAUGGCGAAAAAGAAUGGUAAUGCUGAUAAGUUGGAUUUGAAUUGA